AUGCUAUCGGAACCCGCCCACCACACUUCUCAAACUAGCGCAGCUCUCCAAUAUCAAUAUGAUCUCGUAUGUAUCGGGUUUGGGCCUGCGUCUUUGGCCAUCGCUAUUGCUCUUCAUGACCGGGAAAUCAAAGCUCGAGUCCUAUACAUAGAAAGACAGCGGACUUUCGUUUGGCAUGCUGGCAUGCUCCUUCCGAAUGCCCGUAUGCAGAUCUCUUUCCUCAAAGACCUGGCCACUUUACGGAACCCUCGAUCGAAAUUUACAUUUGUCAAUUAUCUCAAGUCCAAGAACCGUCUCGUCGCAUUCACGAACCUCUCAACUUUCCUUCCACUGCGCGAGGAAUACAAUGACUAUAUGUCGUGGUGCGCUUCGCACUUUGAAGAAGAUGUCCAAUACGGCCACGAAACCAUCUGCGUGUCACCGGCCGAGAACCGCAUGGGACCCAUCCAGGCAUGGCGGGUGCUUUCCAGAAAUGUCGAGACGAACGAAACAAACACCGUCACUGCGAGAAGUGUGGUCGUUGCUAUAGGCGGGAAGCCCAGGAUACCGCCUGCGCUUUCAACUGGCGGUCUUGACCGCCGGAUUAUCCAUUCUUCUUUAUACUCAAAAGCUGCCCCCAGUAUCUUGACAGAUGCAAACAAGGCACAUAAUGUGGCUGUUAUUGGGGGUGGUCAAAGUGCGGCCGAGAUCUUCAACGAUUUGCAAAGUCGAUAUCCAAACUCCUACAUCACUCUCUACACCGGAGCAUCUGCGCUCAAACCCAGCGACGAUAGUCCCUUUGUGAACGAGAUCUUCGACCCCGAACGCGUUGACAUGUUCUACGAUCUCCCCACCGAAUCAAGACUGAAAACCACCUGGAGCGACAAAGCAACGAACUACGGAGUAAUACGACCCGAGCUUCUAGAUCGUAUGUACGAGAGCAUGUACCACCAACGCUUGCAUGAGCCGGACCAGAGUAAAUGGCAGUACAAGAUCGUGGCGUGGCGGGAGGUCGUGGGGUUUGAGACCUGUCCAGAUCGUCGGAUACGGCUGAAACUGAAGAAUACUUCGAACGGGGAAAUUACCAUGUCGGAUUCGAGCUUCGAUCUAGCGGUGCUUGGAACGGGGUACGAGCGGAAUGGACAUGAGACACUGUUGGAACCUGCGCGGCAUCUGCUUCGGGAGAAUCGGUAUGCCGUGGAAAGGAACUACAAGGUCAAGUUCCGCAAGGACGCCGUGGCAAGUGAUUGUGGGAUUUGGUUGCAGGGCUGCUGUGAGGAUAGUCAUGGGUUAAGCGAUAGCCUCCUCUCAAUCCUUGCCGUGAGAGGAGGCGAGAUGGUGGACGCAAUUUUCCCAAUGCAGAGUCCAGGUCCAGGCAAAUCGGGAUGCGCAAAGCUUUGA